AUGACAUCUCAUCCUUAUAAACUGUUUGUUCAAGCAUGCAAUCAGGAUGAAGAGGGAUUGAAUAUGAUAUUCCUGUCAGAAUAUGAUUUCAAUGAUGUGUUCUCGCUCCAAGAUAGCGGUGAACUUUCCAGUCCCAGGUAUCCCGUGAGCAUCAACAACAAGUACGUAUACUAUGCGAAAAUGAGCAGAGACGUAGAGAAGGGAUAUGUUGCGAUGGAUUUCGCGCAGAGAAAAACUAUGAACCUUUCGUUUCAGGAUCUAAUACAGGUGUCCCCCUUUAUGGAUAGCCAAGGGAGUGCAAAGGUACUGGAUCCGAUCCUCUCUCUCGAUGCAAUCAUGGACUACGGGAGUAUCAGAAAUGAAGAUACUAGCUUCAACCUCAAAACAUUGAACAGGACGUUGAGAGACUUGUUGUGCCACCAGGUUUUGCUUCCAAAGCAGGAGAUCAUAUCCCAUGUGCAGGGCCAUCGACUGCAUUUGAAGGUGUCAAAGUGUGAAACGCUGCUAUGUGAGAGCAAGAUUUCUUUAUGCAUGAGCAAACAUUCAAGGUUAGGAAGUCAAUCUGCCUUGUCGCUUCUCCCGAGCACGAUCAUAAGAUCGAUUCUUGACAUGGCAUGGCGAGAAAAGGACACGUUUCCUGUUGUUACGAAGAACACGACGCUCUGCAUUUAUCCAUCUAUUCGUCAUGAAGCCAUACAUGAGCAGUUCAGCCCAAUCGUCAACAGAAGCAAUUCUGGCAUAAUCUUGGAUGACCCGCAUAAGCUGUAUACUUCACAAAGUUCCAAGAGCUCAAUUGAACGAGAAAAAUCUUACAUCAUGUCAAGGAGUCCUGACACAUUCUCAAAAUAUUUUUCAUCAGGAGAACGAGGAACGCUCGCAGGUCUCAAAAGUUCUCGCUCAGAAAUCUCAGAAACGAAUUUGGUUGGUCACGAUGCAUAUGGUGUCAUAGAUAUUGAGAUUGUGAGGCGAGGAAAGGAUCUGCUUCUGAGUGUAGUCAAUGUUGAUGCUGGGCUGACUCACCAGCAGUUAAAGGUAGGUGACGUUGUCGAGUCGGUGAAUGGAAAGAGCGUCAUCAACUGGAUACCAAGGGAUGUCUAUCCCUUGUUGUGGGGAGCCUGUGGAACGUUCGUCACCUUUGGCAUUUUGCGAGCUGGUCGGCGAAACUUUGUCACUGUUGAACGCACUCCAGUCAAGUCCAGUUCUGCACUUGAAGAUGUAGCAUUUGCGAACAGAAAGAGUACAAGCAAUUUAGAUAGAAGUGGUGACAGCUAUUCACACAACUUUUCCUCUCCCAACGAAAUAUCAGCAGAAGAUCAGCACAAGAGCAAACAGAUGAAUAACAUCCCAGCCGGGACACCAGAAGCAGUUUUCAAGGAAGAACGCGAGAAAGAGUUCAGGAAGCAAGAUAGCUUUGAUUCUUCGAAUAAGACUGAUCAGAAUGGAGGCAUAUAUACCGAAGCGAUCUUGAGAGCCAAAAUGACACAAGUCGAGGAGCUCAAUGCAAAGCUAAGCAUGGAAAAGGCCAAGAAUGAUGACCUUUUGAAGCGCUUAAAGGAUGCUGAGAGGCAAAUAUCAGACAAGGACGAGGAGAUCCGAAGGCUGAAACAGAUGGUUGAAACGCUUCUCAGCCUCGGGGAACAAGAAGCAGGGCUCUUGAAUAUCCAGCUGAAAUCUGAAAACUCAGAGCUUAAGGACAUUCUGCAAAUUUUGAAGGGAAUAGAGUUGACGCAAUACGGCUCGGGUACCUUUUGUUUUUGUGAGUUGAACAAUCUAACGUACACUCAAGAAAUGGCUAAUUCGCUCGCGCAAAAUGGCAAACCAAGGAAGACAGACGGGGAUUUGCAUGUGUCAAGUCAGAACAGGCACGAGAGCGAGUCUGGUCUGCUUUUCUCCCUGCAUCAACGAGCAUCUUCAAAAAAAUGGGAGGAUGAAAAGUCAGCAUAUCGACAUGAAUCAAAUCAUGAGCAUCAAUUUAGCAAUGUAUCCCAACACGCCAAAGUCGGAAGCUUAGAAGUCAGAAGGGAAAAGUCUCAGCUCUCAGAUUCCAUCUUCGCGGCGACUCAGUCGUUACGUUGUUCGUCACCAGAACUAGAGGAGUUGGCUGAAAGCUUGAGCACCACUUCAUCGUUCAAACCUCCUCGCAACCAGCACACGUGGGACGAAGUGAUAUCUACCAUUGCAAAGUCACGAUCGUAUGACUCCAGCGCUGCAUGGGCAUCAUACAUACACGAAGAAGCGAAGAAAAGGUCGUCAUCGCGAUUCAGUGACUUCUCGAUGCGUUCUGCAGGUCGCACAGAAUCCUCAAGAGUUCCAUCUACUCAGUAUUCAGUAAGGACAUUCGAGACGAGUUCACUUCCGGAAGCUGUCAUCUCAGACGUGGAGAAACUUCUUAAAAGGGGAAAAGCUAUCGGACAAAUCGUCAAGAAUCACAAGCUACAGGCAUACAACCUGAAUGAGCUCCAGGUUGAGAACUAUAUCAGCUACCUGGCCUCUCUUCCCGGCCGCAAGCCACGAUGGCUUGCCUACUAUCGUACGAGAAAAUCUUGCUCCCACGCCAACCGGCAAGAUCUGGCAAGGAUGGAAGACAUGCAGAACUCAGACUGCAGCCCAAGCAUACAUGACAGCGCGUUCGAAUCAACAUCGAGCCUGUCUGACUUCAUGUCCGAUGGAAGUUACGAUCACAACCUGACCUCGGAGCACGCAGAUGCUUGCAAAGAAAUGAUGUGUACAGAAGAACAAGACACGACCAACAUCCUCAUCAACCUGGACAGCAAAGACCCUCAGUACGUUCAAAACUAA